AUGGCAUUAGACAAUGCUGAUGAACAAGAAUCAUUAAAUUCUUUCUGCUGUACUGCAACAGAUUUGACCGAUAUGUUUUUCGAAACUGAUGGAAUCAGUAACAUAAAAGUAAUUGUGACUAAAAGUUUACAUUUGAACACACCCGAACAAACCAUGCAGGCUUUUGAUAUUAAUGAUUUUAAUGAAAAUAAACUAUUAAAGCAAGGAUUUUUAAUUGAACAAUUACAAGCCCAAUUGGCCCAAAAUAAACUACAACGAACUCAACCGAGAAAUUAUUUACGUAUAUUAGACCAAUCAAAAACACCUCCAAAAUGGUAUAAAACUCCGCCAACAUCUCGAUCUGUUUAUUUUUAUGAUCCUAAUUAUCAAAAGCCUACAGAGAAACAACUAAUCUUACCACGAAAAACAAAACCUAAUGUUCAUUUGAUAUCUCGUCAAUCAAAUCGAAUCCAAGAACGUUCGAUUAAUCAUACGCAUUUGAUUCAACGAAAUGUUCGCUCAUUGACACCUCGUACAAAAUAUAUGUUACAAAUCUGCAAUACAGCUAGUAAUUAUCAUCAGCAAAAACCACUUUCUAAUCAAAGUAAUCGAUCGACAUUUUCGAAUGAAUCACGAAAACAUCACUCAGCCACAUUCGAAUCAAAAUCAAUCCCUACAUUACCAUGCAUUCGUAAUUCUAAAGAAGCAUAA